AUGGACACGACCACAGAGGCUGUAAAGUGGAAGAAGAUCGCGAUUGAGGAGCACCAGCUGAGCCGAGCCAAGAAGACAAGGGUGUGCAGGCUGGACUAUUACGCCGGUGGUGAACGAAAAAUUCACCCUUGCGAUGACACAGAUGGGCUGCAUGCGCUCUUCGACGAUGGUGCAGAGACCGACGGGCAAGAGGAAGGAGCCAGACUCCGACUGUUUGUUGUCGAAGACCUCUCACGAGAAGUCAUCGAGAAAUUUGGUUCAAAGUUCGACGUUGAUCCCUCAUUCUUCCGGUCACAUCUUAUGGACUAUGUCUGGUGCAACAUUCGAGACUUUUGGAGGGAUCCCCCGAAUCUCUACCUUGCCGCUCAACAACAGUCUUGGUUCCAGCUUCGUUUCGUAAUACCUCGGUAUUUUACGACCCCGGACUCUUUCGAAGCAGGGACCAGCGAGGCGGAAGCGUUCAAUGUUUUUAGACGGCUGGACGAUGACCAGAACAGGAGUCGCUGGGAUGAGGAGGCAAUCGUGGGCAUUAUGAGGACGAGGGUGUCCUUCUGGCUACGCCCUGUGGAUGAGAAGCAGGCAGAGAACCCUCAUCGAACUGAUAUCGGUAUCCUCCUGCUGGAUCCUACCAUCGAGCAGGGACUGCCUCUCUGGCGCCACUAUCGCAACUGGAAGACGCCUCCGCCCAUGAAAGGAGGGGAGGGUUACAAUGAAGAGAACUUUGAAAACCGAAAAACCUUCUUUGAUGACUUCAUCCACUGGGCCAAGGCUCCUCAAGUAUUCGACGGCCGGAAGGGCCCUUCGCCAUCCCCCAAUGGCGAUUCUCUAUCGCCAGAGAAGCAACGGUGGGCAAACGCUGGCCUUCCGCUACAAUCUCUCCUGCACCGUAUCUGCUCCGAGUGGCUGACCAUGGCCGACUAUGUCAAAACUCGACUCAACCAGGUCGAGUUGGAGGUGUCCAGCCCAGAACACUUCCUUGCCAACGGCACCCAGAUCGACAGUGUCCUGACAAAGUUGCACACCUGGAGGCGAUCCGUCCCAGUUUACAGGGAAAUGCUGGAGGAGACACUGGAGACGGUGUUUGGGAUCUCCUCGCGGUUAUCUAUGUUGCUGGGCGGUAGUCUUGACGCAUCUGACCCUAAGUGGAAUCCCGGGAGGGGGACAACCUGUCUCUGUGUUGGCCGGCCGGGCAACCUGACAGGCGAUGUGGAAGGAGUCAGUGCCUACCGCUACGACUUUGCCUUGGCCUUGGCGCACAUGGAGGAGCACCAGAAGCGCAUCGACCGGCUCGCCUCCAUCGUCACGGCAGCAAUCAACAUUGAAGAUGCGCGGCGGGGAUACACGGCGAACAGGAAUGUGAACCGGCUGACCCUCCUGGCGACCCUCUUCGUCCCUCUUAGUCUUGUCGCUUCGUUGCUUUCGAUGCAGCCGGGCGUUGAGCAGUUGAGAAACACGGCCGUGCUCUGGGCUGAGAUCGCGAUCCCGUUGGCAUUCGGCGUCUGGCUGAUCGCUAACACCCUUAACUCGGCCUGGUUCCAACUCCGGACGCAACCUCUGCGGGACAGGUUGAAGGGUGGGCCGUGCUCCUCUCGCAGGGGCUGA